AUGAUGAUUCUUCCGCACAACUCCACACGUCCAAGUCCUCACUCAUCCUCCUACCACUGGCAUGAGGCACAUCCUCUAGAAACGCCAGAUACUGUGCAUACAUUAUCUGAGCCCUCCACCUCUCACUUAUGGAUUGGUAGUUCUGAUCGUGUCACACGGAAAAAAUCAUCCAACGUUUCACCUUCAAGCACCAACAGCCUAGACCUUUCUGAUCGUGUCACAUGGAAUAAAUCACCCAGCGCUUCACCUUCAAGCACCAACAGCCUAGCCCUUUCUGGCGGUGUGAGGCAUCCUACGUCCAGCUUUGGCUGGUCAUCGGUCAUUCAAUCGAAAUUUCUCAAGGCUCCUGCAGCAAUACAGGGAGCUACUGACACUGGUUUCACCUUGUCAACAACUUCAAUCACGGAUUUAUCGACCCCACCAGUUGAUAUGCCUUUUAGCUCCACUGUUUCAGUAUCAAGUUUAUUUACCACCCCAACUAUCAUUAGCAUUUCAUCAGUGUCUGCUGUUUCCACCUUGCCGACUGCCAUACCGGUUCCCAUCGUGCCGAACAGCCCAUCCUCUACGGCACCAGACUCUCCUACUUUCACCACGGAAGCUGGGAACAAAGGAACUACAGUCGGAGUGAAAGUGGGAUACAUCGGAGGAGCAAUACUGGGGGCUGCUGCGGUGGCGUUAUGCCUUGUUUUAAUCAGCAGAUGGUAUCAAUCCAAGCAGACCCAAUAUCGCACGAAUCAUUGCGCACAAGAUGUAUCUCACUUCUCAGAUUGA